CGUGGAGUUGCUCGGUUGAUGAGAUACACACACACACAGGUCGCUAGAUAACUUUACAUCGUAGCGAGUUAUUAUUUCUCUAAAUAUAUACAAUUUCUCAUUCCGUCCGUGACACGGGUUGUUGUUUGGUCAGCCAUGAAUGCAGAGAUAGUUUCCUCACUUCUAACUCAAGAGGUGCCAGCGGGGACCACUUCUGCCGCAGCAGUUCCAGUGGAUCACCUAGACUACGGCUACAUUGACAAAUGCACUGAUGUGAAAUACUUGGCCAAGAUGCUGAGGGUGCUAAGGUCUGGAGAUGAGGGCAUCUAUCCUCAUCUGAUACAGUUCUGUGAGAGUCGUCUGGAGAGGCUGGACCCUAAAAGUCGGGCCCUCAGAAAGGACAACCCCCCAGCCACCGCCUGCUUCUCUGCAGAUGAAUGGGGUCAGAUCACGGACGAACUCAAGAAGUGGGAGACAGAUGCCAAAAUGAGUGAAACUGAGCUGAAACAACAAUCUAUAUUCCAUGAUCUUGAAACUGAGAAUCUACCCCCAGUACGUGGAUCAAGUUGCUCUAUUCCUCUCAAGCAGAAUACAGUUUCAAAUGGACAGAAGAAAACUGCACUGAAGAAGGUUCUGCCUCGUAAUUAUAUAGAAUGGGACAAGUUUGAUGUCGACAAGGAGUGUGAUAAAAUUGAUGGAAAUGUAACAAAAAAGGAUCCCCCUGCAAUUGUAAACUCUAGACAUCCAACAAUCAGGAGCAAAAUGGAUACAACAGCGUUGACUGAACAGGAGAAAGUCCUCGUUGCCAACCGCGAGAAGGAUAAAGGCAACGAGGCCUUCAAGGCCAACGACUAUGAGGAAGCUGUGGUGUAUUAUACAAGGAGUCUGUCAGUGGUACCAACCGUAGCCGGCUACAACAACAGAGCCCAGUCAGAGAUCCAACUGCAACACUGGCACAAUGCCCUCAACGACUGUCAGAAGGUACUGGAGAUGGAGCCAGACAAUAUGAAAGCUCUCCUCCGCAGGGCCACAGUGCUGAAACAACAGGGGAACUAUCAGAGGGCUGCUGAAGACCUGAGGAACGUCCUGCAGACCGAACCACAGAAUAUCACUGCUACUAAACUUCUGGUUGAGGUGGAUAAGAAACUAAUCCAGUGUCAACCGCAGACAGAACGUAAAAGCAAGAGGAUCCUGAUUCAGGAAGUGGAGGAGGAUGAGAUACGGGAAGAGCAGAGAGCUUGUCCGGUUGAGCCUAGCGAGGCAGUGGGAGGGGAGAGUGCCGCUGCUGCUCCUGCCGAGAGGGGAGACAUGGGAAAUGCUCAGAAGAAGCCCCACGGCAGAGGAGGGGAAGGGGGCCCCAGCCCGCAUACAGACCACAAUUCACACGGAAGCCACUGGAAAAACCGGGGAGGAAUUGCAGAGAAGUACAAGGUGAACCAACAGGAGUCGACGUCGGACAAGGGUCUGUGGAACGGAGCUCAGGGCUCUGGCAGGAGGGACUCUAAGGGAGCCAGGCCGGUCGGGGGAGACGGAAGCAACCUUGACGCCCCUUGUGGGGCCCUGCCCCCGCCGUUGGCCCGGCUCAAGAACGAGGGAAACCUGUUCUUUAAGAAUGGACAGUUUGCUGAUGCGCUGGACAAAUAUUCACAGGCCAUCACGGGCUUCACAGACUCAGGACUGGACAGUCCUGAGGACCUGUGUGUGCUCUACUCUAACAGAGCAGCCUGCUACCUGAAAGAUGGAAACAGCUCUGAGUGUAUACAGGACUGCACCAGGUCCUUGGAGCUGCAGCCCUUCUCCCUCAAGCCCCUCCUACGCAGAGCCAUGGCUUAUGAGACUAUGGAGCGGUACCGACAGGCCUACGUGGAUUACAAGACCGUGCUGCAGAUAGAUAUCAGUGUGCAGGCUGCACACGACAGUGUUAACAGGAUCACGCGGUUACUGAUAGAGCAGGACGGAGAGCAGUGGAGAGAGAAACUACCUGAGAUCCCUCUGGUCCCACUAUCAGCUCAGCAGCACCGCAGGGAGGAACCACCCAGCGCUGAGGUCCUACAGGCCAGAGCAGAGAAGGCCAAGCAGCACGCAGCUCAAAAAGCAGAAGUCUGUUUCAAUUCGCUGAAACAAGAAGGAAACGAGUUUGUGAAGAAAGGUCAGUUCCAGGAGGCUCUGAGGACGUACAGCGAAUGCCUUAAACUGAAGCCAGAGGAAUGUCCCAUCUACACCAACCGAGCGCUGUGCUUCCUGAAGCUAGAUAUGUUUGCUGAAGCCAAGCAGGACUGUGACUCUGCCCUGAGGCUGGAGCCAGCCAAUAAGAAGGCCUUCUACAGACGGGCCAUGGCCAAUAAAGGCCUCAAGGACUACCUGGCGUGCAGCUCUGACCUACAGGAGGUGCUACAGCAGGAUCCCAACGUAGCGGAGGCUGAGAAGGAGCUGGAGGAGGUCACGCUGCUGCUCAGACAGAGUCUGGCCCGGGGAUCACCUAGCAACCCCAGGAGGACUGUACCCAUCACUGAGGUUGAGGGGACUGAGGACGAAGACCGCCAGGCUGCAGAGCCAGACAGGACCAAAGCAGCAGAAUCAGAGACAGCAGAAACAUCAACAACAUCCACGUCAACCCCAGGCCCAGCAGAGAACCACUGUGGAGGAGGAGGAAGAGGAGGAGAGGAGGAGGCAAUAACCAUCAACCUCCAGCCCUCGAACGCCUAUGAGUUCAACCAGUCCCUGAACGCAGCGCGGGCCCAGUCCAACCUCCCAGCCUGUGCUGAGCUGCUGAGCCGUGUUCCCCCUGAGACUCUGCCCGUCUACCUCAGUAAUCAGCUGGAUGGACACACAGUCAGCUUCCUUAUGCAGGCCCUGGACACACAGCUCCUACAGAAGGACCCUGACCUCGUCUACCAGCACCUCAACCAUCUACACACUGCUGACAGGUUCUCGGUCGUCGUGAUGCUGCUAAAGAGUGAACAUGAUCAGAUGACUCGACUGUUUGACCGUCUGUCUGCUGUGGACAGUGAUGCCUUCAGUAAGAACGAUGUGCAGAACCUGGCCAACAAGUACAUCUGACCUCUAACCUCUGACCCUGUCUGGCCUGCUGGAGCGCAUCCCCAAUAGGUCCCUAUUACCGAGUGCACUAUGGAGGGAAUAAGGCACCAUUUGGAAACAUCACAGCCGACUUUAAAUACGAGUCCAGACUGCAAAUCACCUUGCGUCAUAAAUAACCUCUCAAUAUUAUUUUGUAGGUCAAGUCACAAUUUACCCAUGAUACACCACGGUUUUGAUGUUCUCAAACGCGACCCUUCACUCUGUCCUGCGUGAAGCUCCCAACAUGACGUACUGGAUCUAUGCAACGUUGCACAACACGACUCAGAAGAUGCUGAACGAGCUCAGAGCAUUACGGACCCAAACCGACCUGUCUCUUUCUCUCUGUGUAAUAUAUCACAUCUCUACCGACCUCUACUAGGUAUUUCUCUCUGUGUGAUAUAUCACAUCUCUACCGACCUCUACUAGGUAUUUCUCUCUGUGUAAUACAUCACAUCUCUACCGACCUCUACUAGGUAUUUCUCUCUGUGUAAUAUAUCACAUCUCUACCGACCUCUACUAGGUAUUUCUCUCUGUGUAAUAUAUCACAUCUCUACCGACCGCUACUAGGUAUUUCUCUCUGUGUAAUAUAUCACAUCUCUACCGACCUCUACUAGGUAUUUCUCUCUGUGUAAUAUAUCACAUCUCUACCGACCUCUACUAGGUAUUUCUCUCUGUAUAAUAUAUCACAUCUCUACCGACCUCUACUAGGUAUUUCUCUCUGUGUGUAAUAUAUCACAUCUCUACCGACCUCUACUAGGUAUUUAUCUCUGUGUAAUAUAUCACAUCUCUACCGACACCUCUACUAGGUAUUUCUCUCUCCAAAGACCUUUUUCACCCUGAUCUGUUUUAGUUGACCGACAGUAAAUGUUGUGAAUUAUUUAACUUUUAAAAAACAUCAACGCAUAAGGUCCAAUGUUCCACGAUAUCUGUCAGCAUUUCCCUGCUGGGUCCGUGUUCUGCGGGCCAGGUCCAUUCUCCUGCUGGGUCCGUGUUCUGCGGGCCAGGUCCAUUCUCCUGCUGGGUCCGUGUUCUGCGGGCCAGGUCCAUUUCCCUGCUGGGUCCGUGUUCUGCGGGCCAGGUCCAUUCUCCUGCUGGGUCCGUGUUCUGCGGGCCAGGUCCAUUCUCCUGCUGGGUCCGUGUUCUGCGGGCCAGGUCCAUUCUCCUGCUGGGUCCGUGUUCUGCGGGCCAGGUCCAUUCUCCUGCUGGGUCCGUGUUCUGCGGGCCAGGUCCAUUCUCCUGCUGGGUCCGUGUUCUGCGGGCCAGGUCCAUCCUCCUGCUGGGUCCGUGUUCUGCGGGCCAGGUCCAUUCUCCAGCCUGCAGAACCUUGUCAAAUCAGAUAACAACCAUAACAAUGUAGGACUACUUUCCCAGGCUGCUUUGACUGGCCAAUAGGACGGUUGAUUUGUUUCCCGGGUGUGAUUUUUUUUUUUAAAGCUUGGAAGACAUAACGACUUGAAUUGACCGGGCUAGCGUUAGCCCCAGAGGCUAUUCAGAAAACAACAUGUUGUUGUACAGCUUUA